GAUAAUUUAAAUACAAUAAUGUCAGCCAAAAAUACCAAAAUUACAAAGGAUGAAAGAAGGGAGAUCACUGAGUUCAUGCCAUACUUGUUAUCAUACAGUGUUGAUUCUCUGAAGCAUCACCAGAGGAAUGUAGAAGUCCAGAUGGAUGAUCUGAAAUAAUGAGUUUAACAAAGAUUUAUCCUCAGAUAUUCAGCAUACUAUCUCAAUUAUCGAGCUGUAUAAGAAACUUUCAGAAGAUAUCCCAGCUUUAAGGCAAGCUAAUAAUGAUCUUGCUGAUCUAAUGAAAGAACUGGAGAAAAAGUGCAGGUUCACCAAGAUGAAUAAGCUCAAAGAGGAUAAAGAAAUUCAUACCAACUCAAGGCUCCACCUUGACGACAUGCUUGAGAUUGCCAGAUUGCCGACCACUAUUAAUACAUUGAUCCAUAAGAAUGAUUCUACAAUGGCAAUGAAGCUGAUAAAGCACUUUAAUGAACAUAUUUAUGAUGAAGAGUCAGAAAUUUUAUGCCUAGUAAAGAACGAAGUAGACAUCCUUGCUCAAAAAAUCCAUCAAAAGUUGAAUAUAGAGAUAGAGGAAGGCAAAGAGACUCCUAAUGAAAUACAGCUAUUGCUUGGUGAUCAUCCCUCUGAAGAUGAAAUUCAGGAGUAUAUUCAUAAGAAGUAUAACAUUAAGAAGGAUUUGCUGAAACAGAGAAUUCAAAAAAUCCUCUUCUCAAAAUUACUAAACAAAGAGAACAAAGCUAAUAUUCAGAUCAGAGAAUGAACAGAAGAUAUUAUUAAGCUCUUCACUACUGCUUUGGAGGAGGCUGAGCAUCAAGUAGAAGAGAAAGCUCUGAAUUUCGAUAACAAUAUCUAUAAAGACCUGUGGGUUAACUCCAUUCUAAAGCACUUUACAGAAGUAUUGAUAGUCUUGAUAGAGAGACUGGGACAGGACUCGAAUAAUAUCAUUUAUCUAUGAGACCUCAAGGCAAGAGUGUUAGAGGCUAAUCCAAUCGUGUAUGGCUUCAUAGAGUCUCAUUUAUUCCAACACAUCAAUGAUAGUUCGUCUGCAUAUGCAAAAGCAGCAGCUGUGAAAAUCACGAAAACUAUUAAUACAAGUUGUUUUGGGACUGGGAAGCCUAAAAGAAGGCUCAAGCUCAUCAAAGAAGACUUUAAAGAAUACACAACUGAGCCUAAGGAUUUAAGUAAGGAAUUCGACCAGGUUGUCAGCAAGCUGGAGGAAUCUAUGAGUACACUGGCUAUGACACUUGAGAAAGAUCCUGAUUUGCUUCAAAAGAUCAUUACCCAAAUGAUUCGCACAUUCUAUAAUGAAUACCUCGAAUACUUUGAAUCUAAGGUGAUAACUCUAGGUGAUUUCAUCUCUCAAAGUGAAGGGAUCCUAAAGUUUGCAGACUGAUUAAACUAUGCCAAAGAAAGGUCUCAAAUUUGCUUUGAAGUAAUCCCAGAAUUAGCAGAACAUAUUCAAGCUGAGCGGGAAAAGUUCAGUGAAAACAGUACUCAACUUCUUGAUAUCAUCAUAAUUAAGGAAUAGCAGAAUACUCUUCUAAAAUAUUCUUUACAAGUUUCAGUAUCCAU